GUGAGCUGUGACUUACAUCUAAAACGAGUCUCUCUGGGGAGAGAGAGGAGGGGACCACUGCCUCUAAAAUGAGUCUCUCUGGGGAGAGAGAGGAGGAGACCACUGCCUCUAAAACGAGUCUCUCUGGGGAGAGAGAGGAGGAGACCACUGCCUCCAAAAUGACUCAAGACACCAGUUCUAAGAAUGUCCAGAAGCCCAGAGCAGAGUCACCUACAACCAGCCUGCUAUCAAUGAAGAGUGAUCAGCCACCUGUUUUCAGCCAGGAACCAUUACCAGAUGACAAUAAGGAAGUGGAGAGUUUGGACAGUGAGGAUGCAUUAAAUAUCACAGACAGCCUUCUGGACAGAAGAAGUGAAACUCUGCUGACAGUCCAACAAGACAUUAAGGCUAAACUGAAACACAAGUAUCAACAUAUAUCUGAAGGAAUUGGACACCAUGGAAACCAAAGUCUGUUCAAGGACAUCUACACAGAGCUCUACAUCACAGAGGGUGGAAGUGGAGGGCUCAAUAAUGAACAUGAGGUUAGACAGAUAGAGAUGGCAUCCAAGAAACAAACCACACAAGAGACACCAAUCAAAUGCAACGACAUCUUCAAGCCUUUACCUGGACAAGACAAACCUAUCAGAACUGUGCUGACAAAAGGAAUCGCUGGCAUUGGAAAAACAGUCUCUGUGCAGAAGGUCAUCCUUGACUGGGCAGAGGGAAAAGCAAAUCAGGACGUUCAUUUCAUGUUUCCUCUUCCUUUCCGUGAUCUGAACCUGAAAAGGGACCAAUACAGUCUGAUGCAACUUCUUUCCCACUACUUCUCAGAGCUGAAAGAGAUUGACAGCAUUGAAGAUGGUGAAACCAAAACUGUUUUCAUUUUUGAUGGUCUGGAUGAGUGUCGACUUCCUCUAGACUUCAAAAACAAUGAGAAGUGCUGUGAUGUCACGAAGCCAACCUCAGUGGACAUGCUGCUGACAAACCUCAUCGAGGGGAAUCUGCUUCCCUCUGCUCUCCUCUGGAUAACAUCAAGGCCUGCAGCAGCCAAUCAGAUCCCUCCUGAGUGUGUUGACCAGGUGACAGAGGUACGAGGGUUCAAUGAUCCACAGAAGGAGGAGUAUUUCAGGAAGAAAAUCACUGAUCAGAAUCUGGCCAAUGAAAUCAUCACCCACAUGAAGACAUCAAGGAGCCUCCACAUCAUGUGCCACAUGCCAGUCUUCUGUUGGAUAUCAGCCACUGUCCUUGAGAUGAUACUGAAAGAGGCAGAGAAGGAUGAAGUCCCCAAAACUCUGACCCAGAUGUACUCACACUUCAUACUCAUCCAAAUCAUUGUGAAGAACAGGAAGUACAACAAAGCCACAGAGACCAACCCAAAGGAACUGUCUCAGUCAGACAAAGAGAUGAUCCUGAAACUGGCAAAGCUGGCUUUCCAACAGCUGCAGAAGGGCAACCUGAUCUACUAUGAGGAGGACCUGAGAGAGUGUGGCCUUGAUGUCACAGAGGCAUCAGAGUACUCAGCGUUGUGUACAGAGAUCUUUAAAGAAGAAUCUGGGCUGGACCAAGAGAAGGUCUACAGCUUUGUGCAUCUGAGCAUUCAGGAGUUUCUAGCAGCAGUGCAUGCUUUAGAAUCAUGUCUGGACAAGAAGGAAAAUGUUUUCUCCCCCAAAGCAGUCACUGGUGUUGAUGAUGAUGAUGAGGAGGAAUAUGAGGAGAAUGAUGAGGAGAAGGAGGGGGAUGAGGAGGAGGAGGAGGAAGAUGAGGAGAAGAAUUAUGAGGAGGAGGAGAAGGAUGACGACGAUGAUGACGAUGAGGAAGAGGAUGAGGAAGAUGAUGACAAUGUUGAAGAGAAGGAGUCAUUCAAAUUGUCUGACUUACACAGGAGCGCAGUGGACCAGGCCUUGAAGAGUGAGAAUGGAAACCUGGACCUGUUCCUCCGCUUCCUUCUGGGUCUCUCACUGGAGUCCAAUCAGAAUCUGUUACGAGGCCUUCUGACACAGACAGGAAGUACAACACAGACCAAUGAGGAAACAGUUGAGUACCUUUCAGACAAGAUCGACGAGGAAUCCUCACCAGAAAGGAUCAUCAACUUGUUCCAUUGUCUGAAUGAACUUGGUUCCAACUCUCUAGUUGAAGACAUGCAGACCUCCCUGCGUUCAGGAACUCUUUCAGAAACAAGACUAGAACCUGACCAAUGUUCAGCCCUGGCCUACCUGUUACUGAUGUCAGAGGAGGUGCUGGAGGAGUUUGACCUGAAGACAUACAACACAUCAAAGGAAGGUUAUCAGAGGUUGCUGCCGGUCGUGAAAACCUGCAAGAGAGCACUACUGGAUCACUGUGAACUCACAUAUAAAUCCUGUGAGACUCUGGUCUCAGCUCUGCAGACACCAAACUCCCCCCUGAGAGAACUGGACCUCAGCUACAAUGACCUGGAAGACCGAGGAGUGGAGCUGCUCUGUGUUGGACUAACCAGUCCACUCUGCAACAUACAGACACUAGUUCUAGGUCAGUGUGGUCUGACAGAGGGUUGCUGUUCAGAUCUGGCCUCAGUCCUGAGUUCACCCAACUCACAACUGAAACAACUGGAGCUGAGAGACAAUGACCUGCAGGACUCAGGAGUUACACUGCUGUCUGCUGGACUGGAGGAUCCAGAUUAUAAACUACACACACUGGGGCUGUCUGGCUGUCUGGUCACAGAGGAGGGCUGUGCUGCUCUGUCUUCAGCUCUGAGGUCAAACCCCUCCCACCUGAAAGAGCUGGACCUGAGCUACAAUCACCCAGGAGACUCUGCAGGGGGACUGCUUUCAGCUGCUCUGGUGGAUCCCACAUAUAAACGGAUGAAGCUGAAUGUGGAUCAUGGUGGAGAGUGCAGGCUGAAAUCAGGGCUGAGGAAAUAUGCCUGUCAUCUCAACCUGGACCCAAAUACAGCACACCCACAGCUGGUACUGUCUGAGGGGAACAGGCAGGUGACACGGGUGGUGGAGAAGCAGCAUUAUGAAGACCAUCCUGACAGAUUUGACUUUCAUCCCCAAGUUCUCUGCAGAGAAGUCUUAUCUGGAGGUCGUUAUUACUGGGAGGUGGAGAGGGAUUGUGGCAUGGCUUACAUUGGUGUGGUGUACGAAGGACUGAAGAGGAAGGGAGGGAAGGUUGACAGUAGGAUUGGAGCCAAUAGGAAGUCCUGGUGUUUGUACUGCUCUGAUAGAGGUUAUUACUUUGACCAUGCUGGAGUCAGUAGGAGAUCCAUCUCUCGUCCUGAUUCUAACAGAGUUGGAGUGUAUCUGGACUGGCCAGCUGGUACUUUGUCCUUCUAUAGUGUGUCCUCCUCUGGUACACUGACACACCUUUACACAGAACACACCACAUUCACUGAACCCCUCUAUCCUGGGUUUAAGGUUUACUCCUCCUCAGUGACCCUGUGUCAGAUAGAUGACCAACACAUUCAGAGAGACCAUGAUGGAGAGAGUUGGAUCAAGCCUGGACCUGAGAACACCAGAGACCAUGGUGGAGAGUGUUGGAUCAAGCCUGGACCUGAGGACACCAGAGACCAUGGUGGAGAGAGUUGGAUCAAGCCUGGACCUGAGGACACCAGAGACCAUGGUGGAGAGUGUUGGAUCAAGCCUGGACCUGAGAAAUUGAUUCCUCAGAGCUGUAAGACUUGUGACCAUGUUGAGGACUCCACACACUGGCUUCAGAUUGAACCCUUGACUUCCACUGUCCAGGGAGUGACAACGUUCAGACACAGGACACCCAAAGGGAGUUAUGAGUGCACAGUGUCUGGGCUCCGCUGGCUGUGUGAGAGAGAUGUCAUUCUGAAGUAUCACUUCAGGAACUGGGAUCCCUACAGUCAACUUCUGAAAGACAUGCAGUACACACAAGGUGGUCCAUUGCUGGACAUCACUAUGGAGUUAGGUGAACUGGAGGAAGUUCAUCUGCCACACUUUGUCUGUUUAGGGACCAACCCUUCUCUGAGGAAUGAGAUGAAGAUUCUUCAUGUAGAGGAACAUGGAGUGUCUUUAGAGGAAGUGCAUGAGGUCACCAGAUUCCAUGCUAAGAUUCUCCAUCCCAAGUUCUCACCUAUCUCUCUGAUACUGAGAUUACUGUCUUGGAACGUAGAUGUCCACUGUGACGUGGUCCUCUAUAUGGCAGUAAUAAAGGCAACAGUAAUUUCAAGGCUGUACCUGCUUCUCAGUGACUCCAGUCAGAAAAAGGCUGUUCGGGAUCGGGAGAAAGAUCAGAUAUCCGAAGGAUAUAAAGAAUUUCUCCUGUCAAGUCCAAACGGGUCCUUAAAGCUGAACAGUUGGUUUGCGUUCAAGAAUCCCCACUCCACUUCCAUCUAUCCAGAGAAGAUUCAGCUGUUACCAGCAGACACCAGACCAAGCUGUUGUCAGAUGGUUAUGGGAAACACAGGGGUUGACAUUGAGAUGGAGUUAAUCGGGGAUGAUGAGAGGACAGUAUGGAAAUCAGUGGUAUCAAAAGAUGUAUACAGCAAAGACUCUCAUCCAACACGUGCUGUGUUGGGGGCAGGAGGUCCGGCUGAGAGCAGUCUGACUGGUUCUCCAGAGCACCAGCUAAGUUCUGUACGGACAAAGUUUGUGAACCAAGUGUCAAAAGCUGUCCUGAAUGGACUGCUGGACGGACUCCUGCAACACACAGUCAUCAACCAGGAGGAAAUGGAGUCAGUGAAGGUGAUCGCUGAGAGGGCAGAGAAGGCACGUGACAUCAUCGACAUGGUGUUGAGAAAAGGAACGGAGUCAUGUUCCAGGAUGAUCAACCUUCUUGGGGAGCUGGACCACUGUCUUUGUUCACAGCUUCAGAUCAACAGUGUUGGGGUACCAACCUAAUGGUAGAAUGGAUAGUAACAGUGUUGGGGUACCAACCUAAUGGUAGAAUGGAUAGUAACAGUGUUGGGGUACCAUCCUAAUGGUAGAAUGGAUAGUAACAGUGUUGGGGUCCCAACCUAAUGGUAGAAUGGAUAGUAACAGUGUUGGGGUACCAACCUAAUGGUAGAAUGGAUAGUAACAGUGUUGGGGUACCAACCUAAUGGUAGAAUGGAUAGUAACAGUGUUGGGGUACCAACCUAAUGGUAGAAUGGAUAGUAACAGUGUUGGGGUCCCAACCUAAUGGUAGAAUGGAUAGGAACAGUGUUGGGGGUACCAACCUAAUGGUAGAAUGGAUAGUAACAGUGUUGGGGUACCAACCUAAUGGUAGAAUGGAUAGUAACAGUGUUGGGGUACCAACCUAACGGUAGAAUGGAUAGUAACAGUGUUGGGGUACCAACCUAAUUGUAGAAUGGAUAGUAACAGUGUUGGGGUACCAACCUAAUGGUAGAAUGGAUAGUAACAGUGUUGGGGUACCAACCUAAUGGUAGAAUGGAUAGUAACAGUGUUGGGGUACCAACCUAAUGGUAGAAUGGAUAGUAACAGUGUUGGGGUACCAUCCUAAUGGUAGAAUGGAUAGUAACAGUGUUGGGGUACCAACCUAAUGGUAGAAUGGAUAGUAACAGUGUUGGGGUACCAACCUAAUGGUAGAAUGGAUAGUAACAGUGUUGGGGUACCAACCUAAUGGUAGAAUGGAUAGUAACAGUGUUGGGGUACCAACCUAAUGGUAGAAUGGAUAGUAACAGUGUUGGGGUACCAACCUAAUGGUAGAAUGGAUAGUAACAGUGUUGGGGUACCAACCUAAUGGUAGAAUGGAUAGUAACAGUGUUGGGGUACCAACCUAAUGGUAGAAUGGAUAGUAACAGUGUUGGGGUACCAACCUAAUGGUAGAAUGGAUAGUAACAGUGUUGGGGUACCAUCCUAAUGGUAUAAUGGAUAGUAACAGUGUUGGGGUACCAACCUAAUGGUAGAAUGGAUAGUAACAGUGUUGGGGUACCAUCCUAAUGGUAUAAUGGAUAGUAACAGUGUUGGGGUACCAACCUAAUGGUAGAAUGGAUAGUAACAGUGUUGGGGUACCAACCUAAUGGUAAAACGGAUAGUAACAGUGUUGGGGUACCAACCUAAUUGUAGAAUGGAUAGUAACAGUGUUGGGGUACCAACCUAAUGGUAGAAUGGAUAGUAACAGUGUUGGGGGUACCAACCUAAUGGUAGAAUGGAUAGUAACAGUGUUGGGGUACCAACCUAAUGGUAGAAUGGAUAGUAACAGUGUUGGGGUACCAACCUAAUGGUAGAACGGAUAGUAACAGUGUUGGGGUACCAUCCUAAUGGUAGAAUAUGUCAUGACGUUGGCCUGGGGAUAGGUUUAUGACAGUCAUAAAUACCUCUCCCCCCGUUUUUCCUCGCUCUACCCUACUGAUGUGACAUUUGAAAAUCCCAAGAGGUUAACAUAGAGAUUCUGGGAACAUCAGAAGGUGGGGGGAAAUGAACCAUAUUCUGGUAAUCCGACCAGUUGAACAUAUGCGGUGGUACUUAAUGAAUAUGAUGUCAGUUCGGUUGUCAUCUGAGACAUUCUCAUCAGUGAUAGGAUGACAAACUCUACAGUGGAAAGUCUGCACUAUGUAGUUAUUGGAUUCACAUAGAAUUGUUGUUCAAUUGAAAUGUUUGAAUAUAAAAUGAUUGGUGAAAAGAUUAAAUGUAAUUUAAGCUUCCAAAUGAGAGAUUUGGGUUUUCAUAAGGUUAGGGCUCUGCUCAAUCAGUGGCCCGCCCCUGUGAAGAGACAUGGGCUGUAAACUAUGAAAAACACCCUUCUAGCUCCACUAUAUAAAGCCUUGACGAAAAUGUAACCUCCUGUUCCGAGGAUGUGAGGACGACGGUCCAUACGUUAAAAGGACUAACAUGUCAACUGUUCCGGGUACAUUAGGAUAACGAUCCGAUGUCAGAAUGGUUCAGAUAAUAACUACAGAACGAAGCCAACCUCAGCGUGAGCUUUUUUUGCGAAUGGUAUGAACUUUGAACUCUUAUUCACUACAGAAGUGAUACCUCCUAGCCGUUGAGUUAGCAACAGCAGCUGCAAGCGUGGGCUAGGAAAGAACAGACAGAGUAUCCCGUCUACCACACAACGACGUUACUAUCCAAUUUACCACCAGAGACAAUCUUCAAAGUACUCUGUUGGGCAACACGGCCUUUCAUCUACCACCAACUUACCAAAGCGCAGCUCAGAGUAAAUAUUUAUUGCAUUUUCCUUUUCCAAAUGGGCGGUAAUUUAGAAUGCAUAAGAUACUGUAUUUACGAUAGCAUGGCUUCUCCCUUUGUUCCCCCAGUCUUCCUGCUCUUUCACUCAAACUCAGCCCCCUUUUCUUUUGUGUAACCAGCUGUCACAUCUGUUCCGUCCGCUAGGGACGUUUUCUUUAUUACAUCAUUUGUAAUCAAGGUAUGAUUCAUUCUGUGCUUAUGUAAUUCGGUGUGAUUAGUUAGGUAUUUAGUAAAUAAAUAAUUAAACCCAUUUUUGUAUU